AAACUGUCUCCUUCGCCUAAGAACACUGAAACCCACAACCGGUCACAACCUAUCCUCCGAAGGCACUUUGCAUAUUUUGACGAGAAGUGAGCCGGCGAAUAAACAGACCCAUUUGUUCACAGAUGGCGGAUAUCGAUUCACCACAGUGCGGCGAAGAAGAUGAAGAAAUAGAUGCCAAAAAGAGUAGACGAAAGCGAAUGCCGCUGUUCGGGAAAAAGAAGUUCGAUGAGAAGAUCACGAAGAAGUACACUUUUCAUGACGUGCUCGGGACUGGCGCGUUUUCCGAAGUUGUCAGGGCCGAGGAGAAGGCCACCGGCAACUUAUACGCUGUAAAGUGCAUCACCAAGAGGAAACUUUCCGGCAAGGAAGAGGCAGUAGAAAACGAAAUUGCCAUAUUGAAGAAGGUGAAUCAUCCAAACAUAAUUAGACUAUGGGAAAUAUUCGACAACAAAACACAUCUUUAUCUAGUGAUGGAUUUGGUUCAAGGAGGAGAAUUGUUUGACCGCAUAGUGGAGAAAGGUAGCUAUACAGAACAAGAUGCAAGUGACCUUAUAAAACAGAUUUUGGAAGCUGUAGAUUAUUUACAUAGUCAAGGGAUUGUGCACAGAGAUUUAAAGCCUGAAAAUCUUCUUUACUUCAGUCCAGAGGAUAACUCUAAAAUAAUGAUCAGUGAUUUUGGCCUGUCCAAGACGGAAGAAGAUGAUAGCAUGAUGGCAACUGCCUGUGGAACCCCAGGUUAUGUUGCCCCAGAAGUACUCAAACAGAAGCCUUAUGGAAAAGCUGUAGAUUGUUGGGCAGUUGGAGUAAUUUGCUAUAUUUUACUUUGUGGUUAUCCUCCAUUCUACGAUGAAAGUGAUGCAAAUCUCUUUGGCCAAAUCAUGAGAGGAGACUAUGAAUUUGAUUCACCUUACUGGGAUGACAUUUCAGAUUCAGCUAAGAAUUUCAUUACUUAUUUGUUACAAAUUGACCCCAAGAAGCGGUAUACCUGCAGACAGGCCCUAAAUCACCCUUGGAUUUCCGGCGGCAUGGCUCUUGAUCGUGACAUACAUGCGUCAGUUAGUGAACAAAUAAAGAAAAACUUCUACAAGGCUAAGUGGAAGCAAGCGUUUAAUGCCGCAACAGCCAUCAACCGAAUGAAGAAUCUUCAACUCGGUGGAACCGGCAGGCCGGCUGAAAACAACAAUGGUGACUGAACCAAAGCAGCUGGUCUGCAGUGAUGGUCUUUUUCAAGCUCUUUCUCAGGAUUUUUCGGUAAACAGGCGAAGGAAGAACCUGGGAACGAAGCUUAUGUAAACCCCUGUAGAUCAGGCGUUUAAGAAUUUGUAGAUAACAUGUCUCCAUCUGCUCAUUUAAAAGCGAAUAUUUUGCUUUUUUGUUCUAUGUAGAAUUUACUCUAGCCAUCAAAUUAUUUGUAAUAAUUCCGAGAAAAAGCGAAGAAGACAUGCUUGAGUUAUGAACAACAAAUAUAUCGAGGGAUGCACUGUAGUUAAUGUUCCUCUUCUGCUACUAUAAAAUGUUUUAUAAGCGAUUUGUUCUCCAUCCGAAUUCCGAUAGCGUCAGAAAAAAAAGUAAGUGUCGUGAAGACUGCCAAUGUGCAGUUCUGCGCAAACUCAAUCCUUAGGUAAUUUUUCAAGUGUUUAAGAUCACGAUCGAAUCUUGGACAAUUUCUGGCGGAAAUUUUGAAAUAGUUUGUAAAUCCAAUUGAAGCGAGCAAGUCUGAUUAGAGAAAAGACGUCUGUCAGUUUUGUGGUAAAUGUUAGAAAACCAGCGAUUGAACUAGGUUAAAAACCAAUCAAAGUUUCUAGUCUAGUCUGGCGAUUGAACCAGGACUCUUGGUACGAGGUGGAAAGUUUCUUUGAAAGACAUCUCUUUCCCUUCAGCAGCUGGUCUUGACAGUAAAUCCCUUUUUCAGCCGAUAACCUGCUGAAAUAUAUAAGGUGCUAAUCAAUUUAAAUUUUGUCAGAUUUAUCAUGUCUCAUCUCUGGUCUUGCUUUUCAGAGUCUUCCAAAAUUUCAUGCCAUUUUUCGUUUUUGAAAAUAACUUACUCGCUGUUUUUUUAUUUUUAAUGAAAAGCAGGAAAGUACAUUUGUCAAUUUAGAACAAGGAACGUAUUGAUCUUUGCUAAUAAAAGUAUGCCUUGCGAAA